UUUCGUCACAGGAAGCAGACUUCAGUUGCGGAAGUAUAAUGUAUAGGUGAUCGUUUCAGUACAUGUUUUGAUUUAGUAGUUUAGUGCAAUGUCUAAACUGUACACCGAUAAAUUGACCCGACUCUACGAGCGGUAUCGGGAGUACGUUACGAAGAACCCUGCAGCGACUGGACAACUGGAGAGCACCGUAAGAACGCUGUCGUACCUCAUUUCAGGGCGUUUCACUGACUCCCAUGAAAUCUCUGAAUUGGUGUACUCUGCCUCCAACCUGCUGGUGCUGCUUAAUGAUGGCAUUCUGCGUAAAGGGCUGUGUCGAACCCUACCCAUGUCUCUCUCUCAGCAGAGGCUUCUCACCUGGCUGUCAGUGGUGGAGUACAUGGAGGUGUUCCUGGAGAUGGGGGCCACCAAGCUGUGGGGGGAGGGAGGUCGCUGGCUGGUCAUAGUGCUCAUCCAGAUCACUAAAGCCGUCUUGCGCUUCCUACUGCUCUUCUGGUACAAAUCUGGCAUGCAGACUUCCCCUCCUAUUACCCCCCUGGACAGGGAGGCACAGGGAGGCAACGAUGAGGACCACUAUGACCAGCAGGAUGACAGCUCCUUUGUGGGCCAGCGGUCAGGGAGGGUGAUGAGGCCGUUGGGCAAUGCUCCCUCUGUGCAGACCCGUCUGUGGGCAGCCCCCAGUAGGGAGAAGAGGUGUGCUGUGGAGGAGGAUCUGACCUCUAGUCCCACUGCCCUGGGGGUCCAGGAGACCAUAGCAGAGUCCAUGUACAUCGGACGCCCGCUGGUACACUUGCUCUGCCUGGGAAUGUGUGGGAGAGGCUCCUGGAAACCAUGGCUCGUGUCUGGAGCCAUGGAAAUGACCAGUUUGAGUGACACUAAAUCUCUGAACCGGUCUGGGAGAGGGCGGUCUGUUCUUAACCCCGGUCUGUUCUCCCUGAAUCAGAACUACAACAGAUUCUCUGAGACAAAGAUCCUGUUCCUCCUCCGGUUUCUGGCAGACAAUGUUCCCGGCGUCGGACUGGUUGCUCGCCCUCUAAUGGAUUACCUACCUGUCUGGCAGAAUAUCUACUUCUAUAACUGGGGCUGAGGGCAAGAGGUGGUUGAAGGUCUCCUGGCCAGCUGGAUAGGGAUCGACACUAAAGAGGGAGACUCAGUAAAAUACAGAGCCAGAGACACACAGGGACUCAAGUCCCCCACAGACUCACUGGAAACCUGUGCUGGUUAAUCUGCUGUAUUUCAACUGGGGACCCUCAAAUCAGAUCCAACAUGCUGUUCUGUUGCUAGGGCAUGCCAGAGUACCUUACUGAUCCUUCUGUUCUGUUGCUAGGGCAUGCCAGAGUACCUUACUGAUCCUUCUGUUCUGUUGCUAGGGCAUGCCGAGUACCUUACGGAUCCUUCUGUUCUGUUGCUAGGGCAUGCCAGAGUAC